GUCAUGAUUUAAUUGACAAUUCAAAAUUUGUUGUGCGGGUUUUCGACAGGGAAUUUUGUUUUAAUUUUUAAAGGAAUUGAUUAAUUUUAAUAUUGUGUUCAACGGACAGAAAGAAACAAACAAAAAAUGCGUAAUGCAUGCAAGAAAAAAGUUUUGUAUUGUGGAAUUAUUAUCAUAGUGUUGAUUAUUUUUCUGCACCCCGAUAUGAAUGCUCGGAGGUCUUACGAAUAUAUUGAAAAAGAACUCAUACCGGAUACUUUGUACGAGGAAACUGCUGUUAAUUUCACAAGCAGUGCCAUCCUCGAGUGUGACUAUCACGAUGUGCUGUUUGACGACACAACCCUGUCUGAUAGUCUCGUUGACGGAGACUUGAUCGAAGGCCAUAGAAUAAGAGAAGGCGGUGAAUUUUCUCCCUCUGAUUGCAAACCUAAAUUUAGUACGGCUGUUAUAGUGCCCUAUAGAGACAGAGCAGAGCAACUGCGCGGUUUCUUAGUCUACAUGCAUAUGUUCCUACGUCGCCAGAGCAUACAUUAUCGUAUCUUUGUUGUUGAGCAAGUGGACACCCGACCGUUUAACAGGGCAAAGCUCUUGAACAUUGGUGCACUAGCAGCAAUGCGUGCUGGUUACCCUUGUCUGGUAUUGCAUGACGUUGACCUGUUACCAUUGAGGCCAGCUAACUUGUAUGCAUGCACUAAAUGCCCAAGGCAUAUGUCUUCAAGCAUCAAUAAGUUCAGGUUUGUGUUACCAUAUUUAAAUCUAUUUGGUGGUGCUAUAGCAAUCACAUCACACCAGUAUAAAACAAUCAACGGAAUGAGCAAUGAGUAUUUUGGUUGGGGAGGAGAGGAUGAUGACCUCUAUGCUCGGAUGGAGAGUGAGGAAUUAAAGAUGUGUCGGUUUGAACCUGAAAACAGUAGAUACCAUAUGAUGAGCCACAAAAGUCAACAUACUGGAGAUAGGAGAAAGCAGGUAGUGAAGUAUGAGAAAAAUGGAAUCUCUGAUGAUGGCCUAAAAAAUCUGAAGUAUACAGAAGUUGCAACAGUUCUUCAUCCACUUUUUACUCAUAUCAUGGUAGACUUGUAGCAUAUCUUGUUCCUGGAAAGUUUUAUCUACACUCAUCAUAUCACAAAAUCAAACUUUGCUUAAGCUAAUUUAAAGUAACUUAUUAGUAAUUUUCACUCCUAAAAGUAGACUUAUCAUUAGGUAUAAGUAGGCGCUAGAAAUCAGGGAUUGACUCUUGCUGUAAGUUAAUUUUUAAGAUUACAGUCAAAUAACGGCCUAUAUGGUUAUAUUCCUCAGUAAGUAGGUUUUGACUUACUUUGUUCGUUUCGUUAAUCGAGUAUUUUCGGGCAAGUGGGUGAUUAACCUGCUGUACCCUAGUCCAGUGGUGGGGCUGCCACCUCAGAGCUUCUGGACUCGCUCGGUUUUUUCCGGGUAUCCUCCCUAGUGAUGGGAUUCUGUUUUCAGGCGCAGAAUACUCGCCUUUCGCCCUGCAUCCUCAGCUCAGCUGCAAGUCUAGGUAGUGGGCACGCAAAGCGUGGCUGCAGCAGGUCCCAGGGUGGACGACAAGGACGUGGAUGACGCGGACUGGCCGGGGUUCUGCUACAUCGGUGUUUCACUACUUAACACAGCAGAUGGUUUCUUGGCAUUUUGUAGGCAAUGCUGACCUCACUACGUCAGCAAUUACCACCAA